AUGAUUGCUGCUCAACUAUUAGCUCUAAGACUAGAAUUAUUAAAAGCUGAAACUUUUAAAAUUUUUAAUUUAACAAAUUGGCUAAACUCCUCUCUCAUAAACUUGAAUAUAAAUGAAUUGUCAAAAUUAAAUUUAUUUUCAAAUGAAAUUAAAAAAAUAAACACAAAUAAUUCCUUAUUUCAUUUACAGUUUUUCAGAUUAAACCACUGGCCACAAAAUUGGAUUUUAACUGUUGCAGUAUUUAAUAUUGACACUAUACACACAAACAAUAAAGUAUUCUGGAUCUCAAAUAUUAAAUCAAUUGGCAAAAUAUGGCAUUUAAAUUAUUUCGAUAAAAUUAAUAUAAACAACUUUUCAAAUUUUUUAAAUGUUUCAAAUCCCUCUAAUUUUUCUAAUAUGGAAUUUGAUAGAGGGAUUAAAUUGGACUAUAAUAUAAGCUUAAAACUAAUAAAAGAAUCAACAACUAAAAUAAUUAAUUAUAUGGUCAUUCAAGAACUUAAUAAUAAAAACAUUGGCUGGAAAGAAGCCGCAGGAAAAUCACUAAAUCGAAUUAAACAGUGCUGGGAUUUAUUCAAUCAUAAUAAUCAAAAUAAUCAUAAUAAUCAAAAUCUUGAUACUUUUAACAAUAUUCAUGACCAGUAUUUUCUUUUCAUUAAAACUGAUUCUUUAAUUUUAACUAAUAAUUCUGCUCCAAUUUUAAUCUUUAGUAUUCAAUUUUUUAAUAAAAGUCUAAUCGUUAGAUUAUUUGGUCAACUAAAAUUUCAAUUAAAGGGUUUUAAAAAAGAAAUCAUAAAAAAUAACUGUAAAAUAUCAUUUGAUGAAAAAGGAAGAAUUUAUAAAGCAGAAUCUAUUAUUGAUUUUAAUACAAAUGAUCCGGAUAAUUUUAAAGAAAAAAAUAAAAAUGAUUUCUACUUUUUGAAAAAUAUAAUAAUUACAUUAAAAUCUUUAUCAAGAAUAAUAUCCUUAGCAAACAUUUUUCAAAAUUUAUCAAUUGAAAUUGAUUCAAUUGAUCUAGAUAAAAUUGUUAUAAAAUACUCAAAACAUUUUAAAGCAAUAUUUAAAAUUUGUAAAAUCAAUUCCAAUUCAUCAAAUAUCAAACCUUUAAGUAAAGUUACUAAAAAAAACCUCGGUGCUAUUAAUGUCAAAAGCAACAUUAAAAUUGAAAACUCUCAAAAAAUUAAUAAUGAAACCGAAUUAAAUAAACUGAAUGAACAUGAUGAACUAAAUAAAUUCAAUAAAACAAAUAACAAUUACUUUAUUAAAGUUGAAUUAUCAGAAGAUAACCCUCAUAUUUUAGCACUGGCUGCAUUAAAUAAUGUUUUAAAUGAAUCAAUUAAUUAUAGGGCUGGUAGUAAAGAUUUGGGCGAAAAAUAUAAGAUAAGUGUACCAUAUUUUUUAAAAGCAUUAAAAAAAAGUUCAGUAUUGGUUACAUCGUUAUUUUUUAUCAGAAAAAAAUAUAACUUACUUUUCAAAGAACAGAAAGAAAUUAACAUCAAUGAUAGUUUUUUAAAUUAUCCAGUUAGAUUUACAAUUAUGUGCCAUGAUCUUUUAGAGUAUGCUAUCUUAUAUGAUAUCUAUAAAGACACUAAUAAUUUGGGGUCAACAACUAAUUUAAAGACAUUUGCCGGUAGUAAAUCAUAUUUUACUUUUAGAAUUCUUAUUAAUGCUGAAUCCAACGGAUUUUAUUCUAUUAAGAAUGAUCCCAAAUUAAUAUUAGAGUCAAGUGAUUUUUGUGGUAAUAAAAAUCCAACCAAAAAACAAAUAGAGUUAAAGGAAAAAAUUAAAAAACAUAAUGAAAAUUUUACUAGCCUAAUUACUUCCGAAAUUAAAAGUAAAGCAUUGGGGUAUAAAACGUAUUGUUACGGUAUUCAGGAUCCAAUUGAAAAGUGUAGUAUAAUAAUUUGUGGUGAGAGAAUUUUAGGUGAUAUUCUUGAAGCAGUUCAUAAAGAAAUCAUCACUAAUUUUGAAAAAUAA